UGACGAGAUGCCGGUUUGUCGCAUCUGCCAUUGAGGGCUGAAUUUACCUCCUUUCUCGCUAUAAUGGCAGCAAAUAGGGCCUUAGUAGCGAGCCCUCGCUUCGUCUGCCGCAGCUGCUCUCGCCAGGCGCGCGGCUCGAGCUCUUACCGGAGGUCUUAUGCCACGGCCUCUUCGCCGUCCCACGACAUCUACGAUGUGGUCUGCAUUGGAGGUGGCCCAGCUGGGCUGAGUCUCCUCACAGCACUCCGCGCCAAUCCCACUACAUCUCGCCUCCGCGUCGCCCUCAUCGAAGCCCAGGAUCUCUCCAAAACAGCUUCCUUCUCCCUCCCGCCCACCCAGUUCUCCAACCGCUGCAGCUCCCUCACGCCCACAACAGCCCAGUUCCUCAACACCAUCGGCGCAUGGCCGCACAUGAAGCGCAGCCGCAUCCAGGAGUUCCACGAGAUGCAGGUUUGGGACGGCGUGACGGAUGCGCGCAUAGAGUUUGACUGGCAGCCUGGCUCGCAUGUCAGUCAGGGCAACGUCAUUGCGUACAUGGCUGAGAAUCUGAAUAUUACGUCUGGCCUGUUGAAGAGGAUCAAGGAGCUUGGCGGGGUAGACGUUUUCGACAGCUCGAGGGUUGAGAAGAUAACGUUUGGGGAGGAAACUGAGGAUUUUGACCUGAGAGAGUGGCCUGUCGUGCAUCUGCAGAGCGGGAAGUCUCUUGCGGCACGACUCCUUGUGGGAGCUGACGGAGCCAACAGCUCUGUACGGUCGUUUGCGGGUAUCAAAAGUCGCGGCUGGGACUAUGGCAGGCAUGGAGUUGUCGCGACGCUCGAGCUGGAGGGCGACGGAUGGGGAGGCGAGUAUCGCAAGACGGCGUAUCAGCGAUUCCUCCCGACAGGACCGGUUGCCAUGCUUCCGCUGCCUGGCAACUACGCGACUCUAGUCUGGUCCACUACGCCUGCAAAUGCCGCGCUGCUGAAGAAGCUGGCUCCGAAGGACUUGGUUGCGCUGAUCAACGCUGCCUUUCGACUGAGUCCCGUCGACCUGGCUUAUAUGCACACUCAGACUACAGGGCAGGACGACGAGCUCGCGUGGCGAACGCAGCACACGCACUUCGACCCCGAAGCCAUCCCGCAGCUGGUCGUUGGCGUGCAGGAAGGCAGCGUCGCAUCGUUCCCCCUGAAAUUCCGCCAUGCAGACACUUACAUCGGCGAGCGCAUCGCCCUUGUCGGCGACGCAGCGCAUACCGUCCACCCACUCGCUGGCCAGGGCCUCAACCAGGGCCAGGGCGAUAUUCAGAGCCUGGUCAAGACGAUUGAGUAUGCUGUUGCCCAUGGUCAGGAUCUGGGCACGCAGAUGUCGCUUGAGCCGUACAACAGCGAGAGAUAUGCGGCGAACCAUGUGUUGAUGGGAGUGUGCGAUAAGCUUCACAAGCUGUAUUCUGUAGAGAGCGGGCCUCUGAUUCCCCUGAGGUCGCUUGGGUUGAAGGCUGCGAAUGCGCUUGGCCCGCUGAAGAAUUUCUUCAUGGAGCAGGCUUCUGGCCGGGGGUUGAGGGUUUGAAAGGAGAUGCCCUGCAGCU